AUGCCUAACCCAAACAGCAAUACAAGGGAUAAGCCAAAAGAAUUUAGAACAAUCCACUUGCUAAAUUGCAAUUUUUCUACACAUUGAUCGCGCAAUAAUGAAAUAACAACUGCUCGCUAUAAUUUUUGAAAUUUCAUACCGAAAAAUGUUUUUGAGCAAUUUCAUCAACUUUGGUACUCAUGGUUUUUGGUUGUAAUGAUUAUUGACCUAUCUUAUUCGCAUUCUUUAGAAAGCUCUCUCACAGAUGUACUUCCAUUUUGCAUAAUCCUUCUAAUCCGAAUUAUUGCAGAUGGAAUUCAUGACUUAAGAAGACACAAAUUCGACAAUGAAAUAAACAACAGAGAAUAUCAAGUAUUGACAAAUGACGGUGAUAUAAUUAAACUAAACAAGCAUAUAUGUGUGGGCGAUGUUAUAAUUCUGCACAAGGACCAAAAAGCUCCGGCUGAUAUGAUUGCCAUAUGUACAUGGGAAAACAAAACAAAAUUCUAUGUAGACGUCACUGAUAUAAUAGGCGAAGUCCAAUAUGAUAUCAAAAAGCCUGUAAAAGAAACAAAAAUCGUGAUAAAAUCCCAGGAUUUGAAUGAAAAUAUUACGGAAUUAAAUAAAUUGAACGUUGUAAUUAAAGUUCCGGAAAGUCCAAGCUUUAAAUUUUGGGGCUCAAUAAGACUGAAAACUAGCCCCAAGCCGAAUUCACUUAAUGAAAUUAAUUAUAUUAAAAGUGGCUCAAAAUUGUUGGAGAUAGACUGGAUUAUUGGAGUUGUAGUGUACACAAAUAGAGAAAUUAAAAAAUUCAAAAGAAGAUAUGCGCAUUUAUCUCUUUUAGAAAAAAAAAUCAACAAGAUUGUCUUCUAUAUCUUGAUUCUUACGAUUUUACUUACAUUUAUAGCAGUGAUGGUAAAUAUUUUUGAUUUUGGCUUGAAGUAUAGUGAUAAUACUUGAAGCUUGCUAAUGAACACAAUCUUAUUAUUUCGUAGGCUAACUCCUCCAUCCUUGCUGAUCUCUAUGAAACUUAUCCAAUUUUUCUUCACACAUGGCGUCUCUAAGAACAAUCCAGGAAUUAAAUUUAACUCAUUAAAAGUCAGUGAAGAAUUAGGCCAGGUUGAGUAUAUUCUUACAGAUAAAACAGGCACAUUAACCUCAAAUGAAGUCGAGCUUCCAAUAUGUAUUAUGGAUGGGGAAACUUAUAUUAGGGAUAAACCAAUGCUUGAUACCGAGCCUACUCCUCACUUAGAGACUGAAAGAGAAAUGAUGGCUGAUACAUAUAAUUACAAAAGUUUUUUCGACCUUAGAAGUGAGCUCUUAUCAUAUAAAGAUGAAUACCCACUUGCUUAUUAUUUUGUUAUGUGUAUGGGCGUCUGCCACCAAUCGUGAACAACUGGGCAGAUGUGCUGCAAUACCUGAUCAAUGGAAGAUAAAACUAUGAUUGACACAAGUAGCAGCUUAGGAUUAGAAAUAAUUGGAGCAACAAAAGAAAAAGCGACUUUAACGCUUUUUAACCAAGAAAUUAUGCUUGAUAUCAUUACCUUAAAAGGAUACUCCGAAAAAAUGCAAAAAUCUAGGAUUAUUGUGAAAGAUAACUUUAAAGGUGAAACCAUCUUGUAUGUCAAAGGCACAAAAGCAGAAAUGCUACGAUCGUUUAAUGUGUCAGCUAAAUUUAAACAUUAUAUAGAGAGCAAUGGGUAUGAGUCUCAGCUAUCUGGGAAAAAGACAGUUUUUCUUGGAUAUCGAAUAUUAAGUGAUCCUGAGCUUGAAGAGUUUAAAUAUGAAUACAACAUAGCUAAAAUUUCUCCAGUCAAUAGUGAGGGGAAAAUUGAAGAUAUAUUUUUCAAUUUAGAAAAUGGGCUAAUUUUCUUAGGAAUCUUAGGUCUUGAAGACAAAGUUCUUGAAGAAACAAAAGAAACAGUUACAGCGCUCACAAAUGCAGGAAUAAAAAUUUGGAUGGUCAGUGGCGAUAGUGAGGACAAUUCUUUUUGUGCAGGAGUUGCUGCAAAGAUUUUUGACCCUGAUUCAAAAAUAGUCCGAUUAUCUGAUUUCUCUACAGAAUUAGACUGCAAAUUAGAAAUGAUCACCCAAAUCAGGAAAAACUUUUUGACUUCCCAAACAGAAGAGCAUAUGCACUUGAAGACUGAUCAUUGCCAAGUUUCUCCUGAAGAUAGUUUUGCAAGUCUAUCAUAUGAUAAAUAUGAUAAACUGAACUCUAAAAGAAGCACCCACCUAACUCAGAUGUCAACACUUCCAAGUGAAAGGAAGCAUCGAGUGCCGAUUGUAGCUCAAAUCGCCCCAGAAAACCUAGAAACCCCUAUUUUUAGUCUCCCUAUAUAUGACAUUACAAAUUUUACACUGUGCAUAGAUAGAAGUGGAUUAGAAUUUGGCUUAAGAUCUGAAGAAAACAGAAAAUAUUUUGCGGCUUUAUUGUGUGCAGCACAAAGUGUGUGUUUUUACUCGUUUUUACCAAGUGACAAAGCAAAAAUCGCAAAAUUUUUGAGGCUGAAUUUUUCUUAUAACCCGAUUUUUUUGGCAAUUGGGGACAGCCAAUGUGACGUUGGAAUGAUACAAAAAGCACACGUUGGAGUGGGGAUAAAAGGAACAAGAACCGCAUAUUCUGGGCAUAUAUCGAUAGAAAAUUUUGCCCUUCUAAAAGAAUUACUGCUUUGCCAUGGCCAUUGGUUUUAUAUUCGAGCAGCAAAAAUGGUGCUGAUGAUGUAUUUCACAAAUUUCCUGCUUGCUUGGGUUAUGUUUUGGUAUACAGUAACUGGGCAUUCAUCCUCCUAUUUGCUUUUUGGAGAAGGCCUAAUAGGCUGCUAUCUUUUCGUGUUUACCUUAAUUCCAAAAAUUGCAGUAGGCAUGUGGGACAAGGACUUAAAUAAAGAGCAAAUUUUUAAAUAUCCACAAGUAUAUUCCACCCUUCUCCAGAAUACUUUGCUUUCCAGAUGGCAGUUUUUAUCUAUUUUUGGCCUAUCAUUGAUCAAUUCUCUGGUUAUUUUUCUACCAAUUUAUACAGUGGAAAUAGUUAAUGGUGAUGGAUUUACAUUAAGUCUUUAUGGUUUAGAAUGGACAAUAUACAUAGCAAUGACUUCUACAACACUGGUGACAACUUUAAUUGAAGCUUCUUCUUUCACCAUAUGAACCUUUAUAUCUCAAUUCUUAUCUAUUGGAUUUUUAGCUUUUGUGGUUAAUCUAUCUUCAAUUAAUGAAAACGAUAGCAGAUAUGGGACAAUAGAUGAGCUUAAUGAGUCAGUGCUCCUUACUUUGUAUAUUAUUAUGGGACAGCUUGGAAUUUCUGCCAUUUCGUAUGGGAUCAAAGCUUGGUCAAUGUUAUUUCUCCCAAGCCUUGCUGAUUAUGUAAACGCAACCGAAAGCAAUUUGAUAGUAAAAGUAAAAUCGAAAAUUGAAACCUUCCAGAACAACCUUCAAGCGAUCUAUAAAAAAACAAAAAAUUCCCGAGAAAACAGGUCAAGCUUUGGCAUCAACGGAAUUACUUUAAAAUUUACUUCUAUGAGCAGAGAAGCUCAGUAUAUGGAUGAAAUCAAGGCAAACAACAUAAAAGCUUACCGACUUAUGAUUGCAUCUUUAUAUCUGCUACUUAUUGAUUUUCUGAUUGAUUCUUAUUUUGAGGUGGAUAAUCCUCAAGACUAUCUUCCAUUUAUGGUAAGCUCUGUAAUUAUCUAUUUUAUCUUAAUAAUAGUACUUUUUACUGAAUAUUUCCAGAUUUAUUUAAAAUCCAUUAUUGUUUUUACAAGGCUUUUUAACAUUAUCACUAUAAUUAUUGCAAAAGCUGUAUACGGCGCUUUUGAUCCUAUAAUAUUUACCAACUGAGCUCCUUUAUUUCUUAUUGGGAUCAGUUUUUUAUGGAUCGAGAUGGUAUCUUCGACUAUUCUUUCAUCAAUAAUCAUAACAAUUCUUGUUUCCUAUGAGUUUUUCGACAAAUUAGAUUAUUCUGAUGCUGUGGUUUGCUGCUUGGAAUUUAUCAUUUUAUAUAUUUCCCUUAUUAUAGUAUCUUCCUUAAUAGGCCACUCAAUCGAGAACUGGAACAGAAAACGCUAUGUUUUGCUGAAAAAGGUAGAAAUUGAGGUCGAUAAAUCAUUGCAGGUUCUCAACGUGGUUUUGCCAGCUUUUGUAAGAAAAAGGGUGAAGGAUGGCUGCAGGUAUAUCGCUGAAGAUCAAGGGGUUGUGACAGUUUUGUUCUGUGAGAUUUGUGAUUUCGAACAGAUUGUUUCUGACUACCCACAUACAGAACUAUCGUAUUUUAUUGAUGAUAUUUUUAAAAAAUUUGAUGCUGUAUGUGAGUCGACAGGAAUGACUAAAAUUGAGACAGUUGGAAAAGUUUAUAUGGCCUGUGGAGGGUUAAAUGACAGCGAGUUAGAAAUUUCACCUGUAUUUCGAGAAGUUUCACAUUCAAGAAGAGCAAUUGAAAUGGGACUAGGUCUUAUUAGCGCUGCCAAAAAGGUCAGACUAAGGAAAGAAAAGCAGCUGCAAGUUAAGAUAGGAAUCCACACAGGGCCUGUAGUCGCUGGUGUCGUAGGGUUUCAUAAACCUCAAUUUUCUCUAGUAGGCGAUACAGUAAAUACCGCAAGCAGAAUGGCCUCAACAAUAACUGUACCUGACACAGUACAAAUUUCAAAAGCUACAUAUAAGCACCUAGACGAACGAAAUGGCCUACAAUUCAGCAAGCAAACUGUAAAAGCCAAAGGCAAAGGAGAUAUGAAAACUUUUCAUGUAAAGCUUGGAGAAGCAGUUAGUUCUAGACCAAGAAGCCGGGCUAGGAAUAACUUGACAAUUCCAGUUAAAAAGCUUAGCAAUGCAGGGUCAAGUGCAUGCAUCAUUAAAAGGAGCUCUAGCGAUUUCAAAUGCUUUACUCCAAUGAGUGCAGCCAGAAAGCAGUCAUCAGUGAUGCCUGAAUUUAUCGAAGCAAUGGAUGCAACAGAUCUUUUUGUUAGGACUGAAACCAAAGUUAUCGAACCUAUAAAAAUAUUUAGCACUAUGUUCUAUGAAGAUGAGAAAGAAAAAGAAAUUCGGGAGCAUAUGAUUGAAAGCAACCAUUCUAUUUUAUUUUAUGGGCUACUUUGCUUUGUUAUAUGCAAUGCAUUUAUGGCUAUCAUUGAAAUCAUCCAUUCAGCUUGGCUUGGAGAUGCUGGGAUGAGAGCUCAUCUUGACCUUGCUUUUUAUCUCAUUGAAGCUCUUGUAUAUGGCACUCUGCUAGCUUUUUUAUAUAAAUUCCAUAAUAGCAAGAUAUAUGCAUGGACUCUUGAGAUUUGCUAUAUUCUUUCAUUAAUCUGAAGUAUAGUUACAAAUAUUGCUUUAAAUGACCCUUCUUCAGAAAUCAUUAAAGAAAUCUAUAUCCUUUUCAUGAUUUUAAUUUCAAGCCAAUGCUCCUUUAUGUUCUUCAAAAGCACCUUCCUUUUUUCCAUCGUUUUAUCGCUGCUCUAUGUUAUUUCUCUUAUAGCAAUUGACGUGAAUUAUCUUAGGCAUCAUGUAUUAUUUUCCGUGUCAUUUGUGACGGUUAUUAUAUGCACAACUUAUUCUAGAGAAAAAGAUUUAAGGAUUUUUUAUACAUUGGAAGAUUAUGCGAAUAAUGAGCUCAGAAAGACAGAAGAUUUGUUGACGCAGAUGAUGCCUCCUCACGUAUAUCAUAAUUUAAAAGAAGAAGUCGCUAAUACUGAUACUUUUACUGAUGUAACUAUUUUGUACGCGGAUAUUGUAGGAUUUACUGCAUGAUCUUCUAACCAUAACGCUUCUGAAGUGGUUGGAAUGCUUUCAGAAAUGUACACCAGGUUCGAUAAAAAAUGCGUUGAAAAUAACGUCUACAAAGUUCAUACAAUCGGAGAUUGCUACGUCGCAAUUGGGCUUAUGGGAAACGAUAAUCGAGAUCCAGCAAAUGAAUGCUUGAAUAUGAUAAAUUUCGCACAGUCUUUACAAGAAAUCAUAGGAAUCGUCAAUGAGGAACUGUUUUUAACGCUUGGGAUGAGAAUAGGGAUGCAUACUGGGAAAAUUAUUGGGGGGAUUGCAGGAACAAAUAUCGUUAGAUAUGAUAUUUAUGGAGAUGAUGUGCUGGUUGCUAAUAAAAUGGAAAGCAAUGGAGUAGCUGGAUCAAUAAACAUCAGCGAAGUAACUAAGGAAAUUAUAGAGAACUAUAAGCCAGGGAUGUUUAAUUUUACCUUUAAUAAAGAAGUUGAAGUAGACACAAUCAAAAGAACUGUUAAAUCAUAUUUUAUCAACCUAAAGUAA